AUGGAUGCAAAUCUAUAUGAUGAGUUUGGUAAUUAUAUCGGCCCGGAGUUGGAAAGUGAAGAAAGUGAAGAAGAAGAUGAACAAGAUGAGAUGCUUGAAGACGCUGACGCCGAAAUGGAUGAUGUAGGCGAUGAAGAUAUGGAAGACGGACCGCAAAUAGAGACCGCUGUAGUAUUGCAUGAGGAUAAGAAAUAUUAUCCCACUGCAAUGGAGGUUUAUGGUCCUGGAGUUGAGACUGUCGUUCAAGAGGAAGAUACACAACCUUUAACCGAGCCUAUCGUACAGCCAGUAAAGACUAAAAAAUUCACCUUUACUGAGGAUGAAUUACCUGAAACUGAGUACAACAUCGAAUACCUAGCAGAUAUUUUAGAUAAUCCUGAUUUGGUUCGAAAUGUUACAAUUGCUGGCCAUCUUGCUCAUGGCAAGACAUCGUUAGUAGAUUGUUUCGUUGAACAAACCCAUCCAAAGAUAAGAAUAGAAGAUUGUAAAGAUUUGCGGUAUCCUGAUAUUUUAUUCACUGAACAGGAGAGAGGCAUUAGUAUUAAGAAUUCUCCGUUAUCCUUGAUAAUGCCUAAUACACGAGAUAAAUCUUUCAUCAUGAACAUUUUCGAUACUCCAGGCCAUGUAAAUUUCUCAGAUGAAGUUAGUGCGGCAUACAGAUUAUCAGAUGGAGUGGUUCUAGUCAUUGACGCUUCAGAAGGAGUUAUGGCGAAUACUGAAAGACUUUUAAAGCAUGCGAUUCAGGAACAGUUAGCUGUUACUAUCUGCAUAAAUAAAAUCGACCGACUAAUUUUAGAACUAAAACUACCUCCAGCUGAUGCUUACUUCAAACUUAAGCAUAUAAUUGACGACCUCAAUAGCAUAAUUAGUACGUUUUCAGAAGAAGAGGAAUGUGCUAUUUCUCCGUUGUUGGGAAAUGUUUGCUUUGCAAGUUCGUUGUUCAGAUUUUCGUUCACGCUUCGAUCCUUUGCUAAAAGUUACGUCGAUGGUUAUGGUGUCAAUAUUUCACCUGAUGACUUUGCUAAGAAACUUUGGGGAGAUAUGUACUUUAAUUCUAAGACGAGAAAGUUUACAAGAAAACCUUUAGUUAGCACGUCCCAAAGGAGUUUUGUCGAAUUCAUAUUGGAACCACUAUACAAGUUGUUUUCCCAGAUUGUCGGCGAUGUGGAUACGACAUUACCAAAUCUACUUAAUGAACUUGGUAUUUCACUAAAAAGAGAAGAGAUGCAGUUAGACAUUAGACCCUUAUUACGCCUAGUUUGUAGGAAGUUCUUCGGAAAUCAUUCAGGAUUCGUUGAUAUGUGCGUAGAACAUGUACCUUCACCGGCACAAGGUGCAGAAAGAAAGAUAAAGCAUGUAUAUAGCGGUCCUAUAAAAACUGAAGUUGGUGAAUCAAUGCUAAGCUGUGAUUCUGAGGGACCCCUUAUGGUUUAUGUGACAAAACAAUAUCCUACCCAGGAUGCUACAAGUUUUCAUGUUUUUGGACGUGUGAUGAGUGGCACAAUUUAUUCAAGACAACAAGUUAAAAUAAUGGGUGAAAAUUAUACAUUAGAAGAUGAAGAAGAUUCACGUAUUGGAGAGGUUGGAAGAUUAUGGAUCUCCGAGGCAAGAUAUCGAAUUGAAGUGAAUCGAAUUCCUGCUGGCAAUUGGGUCUUAAUUGAGGGCAUUGAUGAAUCUAUUAUUAAGACGGCUACAAUUACUAAUGUUUCUGGAAAUGAUGAGGCAUAUAUCUUUAGGCCUUUGAAAUUUAAUACGAUUUCAUCGGUUAAAAUUGCUGUUGAGCCACAUAACCCAUCAGAAUUACCGAAAAUGGUCAACGGUUUGCGUAAAGUGAAUAAAACCUAUCCUUUACUUGUAACCAAGGUUGAAGAAUCGGGUGAGCAUGUCGUUUUGGGUACUGGAGAAUUAUAUUUGGACUGCGUUAUGCAUGAUUUAAGAAAGAUGUAUUCUGAAAUUGACAUCAAGGUUGCCGAUCCUGUUGUUACGUUUUGUGAAACCGUCGUUGAGACUUCAUCGUUGAAAUGUUUCGCCGAAACCCCUAAUAAAAAGAAUAAAUUAACUAUGAUUGCUGAACCGCUGGAGAAAGGUAUUGCGGAAGAUAUUGAAGCUGGAGUUGUGCAAAUUGGAUGGAACAGGAAACAGCUAGGUGAAUUUUUUCAAACUAAAUAUGAUUGGGAUUUGUUGGCUGCAAGAUCAAUUUGGGCUUUUGGUCCUGAAGUAAAUGGCCCAAAUGUUUUAGUAGACGACACACUUCCAUCUGAGGUGGACAAAAGCUUACUAAAUUCAGUCAAAGACUCCAUAGUCCAAGGAUUUCAGUGGGGAACCAGAGAAGGCCCUCUUUGUGAUGAGCCUAUCAGAAACUGCAAGUUCAAGAUUUUGGACGCUAUCAUUUCUGACGAGCCAAUCCAUCGUGGCGGAGGACAAAUUAUUCCGACAUCACGCCGUGUUGCCUACUCUUCUUUCCUACUUGCUACACCAAGACUAAUGGAACCAUAUUUCUUUGUAGAGGUUCAGGCUCCAGCAGAUUGUGUAUCGGCGGUUUACACGGUUUUGGCCAAAAGAAGAGGUCAUGUCACCCAAGAUGCACCCGUACCUGGAUCCCCUCUUUACAUUAUCAAGGCUUUUAUACCUGCGGUCGAUUCAUUUGGCUUUGAAACCGAUCUGCGAACACACACACAAGGACAAGCUUUUUGUUUAUCCUUUUUCCAUCAUUGGCAGAUCGUACCUGGUGAUCCGUUAGACAGAUCUAUUCUUAUUAGACCUCUGGAGCCACAACCGGCAGCACACUUAGCUAGGGAUUUUAUGAUUAAGACUCGCCGACGCAAGGGGCUUAGCGAAGACGUCUCCAUCAACAAAUUCUUCGAUGAUCCUAUGUUAUUAGAAUUAGCUAAACAAGACGUAUUUUAA